UCGACCUGCUGCUGGGUUCUGAGAUUCGGACCGUCGGUCUACCUGAGCUAAUUAUUUACAAAAGUGGCAUUGAACAAUUUAUAGGACUACUACUUACUUGUAUAUUUAUUUAAAAUGCUAAACAGGUGGUCUAAUAAGAAAUUAUUUACGCAAAUGAAAAUCGGUAGGAUUUUGCCCUAUAAAAAUAACUGCUGCAUUGAAUGAAGAAUCUUUUUUCAGCACCUGCACGUCCUCGAGAAACUGCAGAGAAACACUGCAUGGUGCAGGAGUGUCCAUAGACACAUGCUGUGUCUAUGGCACUGUCUCAUAUUAAGAAAUCCUCUAGUGACAGCUUUCUGUGCGGAUCAAAGAGGAGACAGUUUUAUUAUAGUUUGAGACACAGAGUUGUCAAUAAUGAAAACUGUCAGGGUUGUGGUGGUGGGAGCUGGUGUGAUUGGAUUCUCCACUGCUGUGUGUAUCUCUGAGGCGCUUCCUUUCUGCUCUGUUACUUUGCUGGCUGACAAGUUCAGCCCGGACACGACCAGCGAUGGAGCUGCUGGGAUUUUGUUUGCAGCUCAAUUUCCAGAUAUUCCCUUGGAAAGACAAAAACGCUGGUUCAAGGACAGCUUUGAUCACCUAUUGGCCAUUGCUCAAUCUCAACAUGCACCCGACGCUGGAGUAAUGCUGAGCUCUGGUUUGCAGAUUUUUAAAGAUGUUCCAGCAGUUAAGAAACCUUUCUGGUCAGAGUUUGUGAUUGGCUUUCGACCCAUGACUGAUGAUGAACUGAAACGCUUUCCGGAUCACAAGUUUGGCCAGGCGUUCACCACCUUAAAAUGCGAAUGCUCCACCUAUCUGCCGUGGCUCGAGAAGAGGUUCAGAAAAGCAGGAGGGCGAGUGGAACAGAGGAAAAUCAACAGUCUCCAAGAAUUAAGUAACAGCUUUGAUAUCAUUGUCAACUGCUCCGGCCUGGGCUCCAAAACACUAGUGGGAGACACAGAAGUUUACCCAGUCAGAGGCCAGGUCCUCAAAGUGGAGGCCCCCUGGGUGCAGCACUUCAUUAGAGAUGGAGAUGGGAAGACGUACAUCUACCCCGGCAUAGCCAGCGUCACUAUAGGUGGGACGAGGCAGGAGGCUGACUGGCGGCUGCAGGUGGAUGACAGAGACACUAAAGGUAUCCUGGAGCGCUGCAGCAGGUUGGAGCCAUCACUCAGCAAAGCCAAAAUUCUUACUAAGUGGGUCGGCCUGAGGCCCAGCAGGAGGAACCCGAGAGUGGAGAGGGAGCUGGUGAAGUUGCAGGGCCGCCAGGUGCCUGUGGUUCACAAUUACGGCCACGGGGGCUGGGGAGUGACCCUCGCCUGGGGUACCGCCGUCGAUGUGCUGGAGCUGGUCAGACAGUGCCUUCAUGAAAUGUCUCCACAGGCUAAACUGUGAACAAAUUCUAAGUCCUGCUUUCAGUCACAGCCACUAACACACUAACCUUUAAUAAAAAGGACUCUGCUGCAAGGAGAUGCUAAACACAGAAAAGUUUUAGUAAAAUGCACUCAAGUAUGAAUUUGUAAUAGAUUUUACAUUUAAAUAGAGUAUAUUUAAGAAACCUGAUUUAUGGAAAUAUAAUUAUUUAAUUAACUUUUAAGAGUAGUAAAGUUUUAAUGUAGUCAUUGAGGUUAUCAGGGAAUGACAUAUACAUCUCAUUAAUCCUUUCAUGAAUGAAUUAUGAGAACCUUAGUCAAGAUUUUUUUUUUCUGAAUGUUUUUAUUUCUCUUUAGGCAAGAAAAAAAAAAAUGCAAUUAAAAUUUUGUUUAUGAACCUAUU